CUCAACCAAGGAAUUAUGAUCAUAUGACACACAAAUGUACAGCUUGCAACAGACUGGGGAUUUAUGUUCUCCUUCCUUCUUAUGACGACCCAAUGGAAUUGGUUGUGAUUACAAAACUCUAGUUUCACUUUCAGCUUGUUAAAUGACAAUAGCAUUACAACUAGUUUAAGACUUAUUCGGACAGGUUGCUACAAGGAAAAUGGACGAGAAAACACCGCUAAUAAUCAAGCCCACAUCGCGCACAAGCAAUGCCAGGCUAUACCUCGCUGUUUUUUCUGCUGUUUUGGGGAAUUUCAAUUUCGGCUAUUCCUUGGUGUUCCCCUCCCCAGUGAUCCCUCAACUCAAAAACAGUGAUAACCCUCAAUUGAGGAUGGACACAGAACAGAUAGCCUGGUUUGGGUCUAUUUUCACACUGGGGGCUGCAGCAGGAGGACUUGGUGCCAUGCUUCUGAAUGACCUGAUUGGCCGGAAGUUGAGCAUCAUGGUGUCAGCAGUCCCCUCAACAGUCGGGUACAUUGUGAUGGGAGGGGCACAGGCUACUUGGAUGCUACACCUGGGCAGGUUCCUGACUGGUAUCGCUGGUGGCAUGACUGCUGCUUCCAUACCUGUGUAUAUAUCAGAGAUCUCCCACCCCAAAGUUAGGGGAGCUUUGGGAUCGUGCCCUCAAAUCACUGCUGUGUUUGGAGCCCUGUCACUCUAUGCCCUUGGGCUGGUGGUUCCGUGGCAGUGGCUGGCUGUGGUGGGGGAGAUCCCAGCUCUGCUCAUGCUGCUGCUGCUGUGCUUCAUGCCCGACUCUCCCCGCUACCUCAUCAUCUGUGGCAAACAGAAGCAGGCCCACGAGGCCCUGGAGUUUCUGAGGGGGCCCGACUCAGACUUCAUGACAGAAUUCAACAGGAUUGAACUCAGUAUCUCAUCUCAGGGGAAAAUCAGGUGGUCUGAUUUGACAACGCCAUUCUACUACAAGCCCAUCCUGAUCUCCAUAGUGAUGAGGUUCCUUCAGCAGAUGACUGGCAUAACUCCCAUCCUGGUGUAUCUGGAGCCCAUCUUCCACAAGACUGAUGUCUUCCUGGAACCUAAGUAUGAUGCUGCGCUGGUGGGAGCAAUUCGACUGCUGUCUGUGGUGAUUGCUGCCAGUUUGAUGGACAAGGCCGGAAGGAAGGCCCUCCUCUAUACCUCAGGGUUCCUGAUGUUUCUCGCUACCCUUACAAUGACCAUGUACUCCCACACCACCCCCUGCCCCUCCGGUAACCUGACUGACACUGUGCUCCCCACAGACGUCAUAGCACAGCAGGGGGAAGCUGCCUUCAACCCCAUCACCCUCAUCCCAUUAAUAAGCACCAUGGUCUUUAUAUUUGGUUAUGCUAUGGGAUGGGGCCCAAUCACUUGGCUUCUGAUGUCCGAGAUCUUGCCUCUGGGAGCACGGGGGGUCGCGUCAGGCCUGUGUGUGGGGGUCAGCUGGUUGACUGCCUUUGUCUUGAGUCAUGUCUUCAUUCAUGUGGUGGAGACCUAUGGACUGUUUGUUCCAUUCCUGUUCUUCUCGGUGGUGUGUGUGGUGAACAUAAUUUUCACCGCCGUGUGUGUCCCUGAGACCAGGAACAGAUCACUGGAGGAGAUUGAGAACUAUUUCCGGACUGGACGCAGUUUCACCAUCAUUGACACUUAGCACCUGUUUGCUGUUGCUUACUGGAGCAUUGUGGACUUCAUCAACAUGAUGCAGUCAUUUGUAUGAAUAAAUUUUAUUCAGGUGUUCAA